CAUCUUAGUUCCCUCAUUUUAAAAAAUAUUUUGCCUUGAUGAUCAUCUCUCAACACCUCCUCAGCCCAGAAGCCUCCAAAGUCCCUACCAGGUCAGCUCUUCCCCUGCAGCAGCUCCCCAACAAGAGGAUAAAGGUCUCCCCCGCCAGGAGGAUGAAAGUCUCCAUGGCAGCCAUCUCCCUCUUCCUCAUCCUCCUCAUCACCUGCGCUCUGGGGAGAAAGCCUGAACAGUCCUCACGAGGACCUUACCACCCGGCCGAGUGCUGCGUCAGCUACAUUGCCCAGGCAAUCCCACGUCACCGGAUCACAGAUUAUUAUGAGACCAGCAGCCAGUGCUCCAAGCCUGGAGUUGUCUUCAUCACCAAAAAGGGCCAUUCCAUAUGUGCCAACCCCAGGGACGACUGGGUCCAGGACUACAUCAAGGACCUGGAGGAGAAACGAGUGACCCGGAAGUAGUGCAGGAGGGCACAGCUGGCCAUCUUAAAGAGAAGAGACCAUGGCCCCCUUCCCAGCCCCAACUCCCCGCCCCAGCCACCUCUCGGGAGCUGCCUUGCCAUGAAUUAAAGACCUUGAAUUCACACCCUCCCUGCCCUUGCUCAAUUCUAUGGAAUCUCCUCAUUGGAGCCCAGCCAGAGUGGCACCCUCAGCAUCAGGCUUCACUCUGCAGAAGUGAGGUCUGCCCUGAAUGCAAAAAACAGGUCAGGCCUGUGAUGGGGGUAGCGGGAAGCUGAGGCCACCUUUACACAAAUCAUCAUGAUGGUAACAAAUA